AUGGAUGCUUCUGGGUUGGAGGCAUUAUUUGAUCCGUCAACAUUCAACAAAUUGAGCAUGGACCAAAAGCGGCAACUUGUCCACGAAAUGUCCAAAUGGCCUGAUGGCGCUACCGAAAUCCUGCACUCUUGGACCCGUCUGGAGCUGCUCCAGAUCCUCUGUGCCGAGCUCGGUAAAGAAAGGAAAUACACUGGUCUAUCAAAGUCAAAAAUCAUUGAACAGCUCCUGAGAACGAUACAUGAGAAAAAUUCCAAGGAAUGUGGGCCCACUAAUAUCCCCGAGACCCAGAAGCUCUUGUUAGAAAACGGUGAAAGAACUUCCAAAAGGCAGAAGAAAUCCGAGCCUCCAAAUCUUGUGCCUGCAGACACAAGUGGGGCCAUGUCUGUUGAUCUUGAAGUCGAGUACAGUAGUAUUGUGUACUGCAAGAACUCGGCAUGUAAAGCUAAAUUGAGUAGUGGGAGUGUGUUUUGCAAGAGGUGCUCAUGCUGUAUUUGCCGCCAGUAUGAUGACAACAAGGAUCCGAGCCUUUGGCUGAUGUGUAACACAGACCCACCAUUUCAUGGGGUGGCGUGUGGCAUGUCGUGCCACCUGGAAUGUGCGUUGAGGCAUGAGAAUUCGGGUAUUUCUCAGGAUAAGGGACUUGACGGGAGUUUCUGUUGUGUGUCUUGUGGGAAGAUUAAUGAUUUGCUGAGCUCAUGGAAAAAGCAAUUAGUGGUGGCAAGGGACACCAGGCGGGUCGACAUACUGGGCUACAGGCUCUCAUUGGGCCAAAAGAUUCUUGCGGGCACUAAACAUUAUCAGAAUCUGUAUGACAUCAUCGAUGAAGCAGUGAAAAAGCUCGAGGACGAAGUGGGCCCCUUAACCGGUUUACCCGUGAAAAAGGCAAGGGGGAUUGUGAACAGGCUAUCAACAGGGCCAGAGAUUCAGAGGCUUUGUGCUUCUGCUGUGGAGUCCCUCGACCUGAUACUCUCUAACCGAGUGUCUGAGAUGCCCUCUGGUUACAACACGCUCGCCUCGAAACUCGUCCAGUUCGAAGACAUUGGUGCAACAUCACUCGCGGUCAACCUCCAUUCAGAUGAGUCGAACACCAAGAAUCUUGUGGGCUAUUCCCUAUGGCACCGUAAAGCCGACGAUGCAGGCUACUCUGCGGACCCCACUUGCCGGUUAUUUGAGCCCAACACAAAGUUUCAUCUCUCAGGUCUUACUCCCGACACUUUGUAUUUGCUAAAGGUCGCAAUCCUUAACAAUGAUAGGGAGAUGGGCCUCUACGAGUUUCAGUUUCAGACAGCAUGUGCACAGGAUGACGCCCUAAAUACAAACUCGGAACCUGAAAGAAGUCAAAGUCAAAGUCAAAUUCAAAGUCCAAGUCAAAGCCCGGCUACUAACUGCAGCACACUGUCGAAUCCUUCUUCAGUUGAGGACGAGACUAAUAACAUUAUUGCUGCUGACGAGAAUGGAGAUGAUGAUCGUUCGUGCUCUCCUUUUACCACCAAUGGUAAAAUUGCCACUCAACCUAAUUUACCUAAUGAAAUCGCGAAAUCCUCUUUGCUGGCCAAUAGUAACAAGGAAUCCUCAGGAGAUUGUACGGCCCAGAACACGAUGAGUGUUGACGACAAUGGGCCCGACCGGGCCCCAGUCUCCACUGGCUUGGAAUGUGUGCCUUAUGUCGCUAGCUCGGAGGCUAACUUGCCUAUAACUCCUUGCAAGUUCGAAAGUUUGAAAGAUGAAAAUAGGCCUAAAUUCAAGGAUGGGUCGGAAAGAGACAUGGAGCCUCAGGCGGGCAGCUCGUCGAAAAAGAGAGAUGGGAGAAAACGUGACGGGUGUCAUAAUAAUGGCAUUGGGGACAAAGAUUUCGAGUAUUACGUGAAAGCCGUAAGGUGGCUGGAGUGUGAGGGUUAUAUCGAGAUGGGGUUUAGAAAGAAGUUCUUGACUUGGUAUAGCUUGAGAGCUAACCCUCAGGAGGUACGUGUCGUGAAGGUUUUUGUUGACACGUUUAUCGAGGAUCCGGAGUCACUUGCCGGGCAAUUAGUCGAUACGUUUUCAGAUGUUAUUUCGAACAAUGGGUGCUCGAGGGUGCCCGGUGGGUUUUGCAUGAAGCUUUGGCACUGA